AUGACUUCUGAUGUGCCAUCAUUUUGCCUAAACUGCCAAAGUGAGCUGAUUAUUGACAAAAGCUUACAUGGCAGAGACACUGUUGGCGCUGGAUUGACUCACCUUAGUGAUCAAAUUGGGAACCUGAAGUUAGAAGGCCAGGGCGUUGGAAGUCUGUAUGAUAUUAUUUGUAAUUCAGACUCUCCGCUGAAGGGUCCCAUUUGUGAGGCGUGUACAGGUGAACUUCUUAAAGGGAUGGAUCAGCAGCUGAAGGGACUAGAAGAUGAAUAUAGCAAUUACAGAAAACUCCUUGAAUCCCUUAAAACGCGAGGUAUUAACGAGUUUGAUGAAAGUAGCACUAAAAGAAAGAUGGAAAAGCUAAAAACUGAACAAGAGUGCUGUUUAAAGGAAUUAAAGGAGCUGGAAGACAAGGAGAAAACACUGGAUGAAAAAUUAAAUGCGAAAGAGAGCAAAUUGAAUACAGUCCUUGAAAGCGAAGAGAAGUUAUGGAGGGAAAUUCGCGAUAAUCUUAGAACCUUAGUUGAUCUAGAAGCUAGUGAACAAGACGUUGGAAUGCAACUGAGAUAUGUUAGGGAGCAGUUGGAUAAACUCUCGAAAUUAAAUGUUCUGAAUAUUACAUUUCAUAUAUGGGAGCAAGGAAGUUUUGGGACCAUUAAUGGGUUCAGGCUUGGUCGUUUGCCGUCGAUGCAGGUUGAAUGGAAUGAAAUAAACACUGCAUGGGGCCAGGCUGCCCUUUUACUUACAGUUCUGUUCAAGAACGUUGAGUAUUGCGAACUUGAAGAUUAUAAAAUUUUUCCUAUGGGAAACCAUUCAUUUAUUCGCGUUCUUUCAACUGGAGAAGACUUGCCACUUUAUGGGAGUGGUGGGUUCAAACCGUUUGGACAGAAAAAUUUCGAUGAAGCAAUUAGUGCGUAUGUGGAAUGUUUUCGCCAGUUAGAAAAAUAUAUCCAGGUUUAUUUAAUUAGCGAACAGUUGUUAUGGAUUCCAAAUCGUUUGAACUGUCCGUACAAAGCAAAUAGUACGUUCCGCCUACCUCAUAAGAUGCGAAAAGAUUACAUUGAAGACAACAGAGUGGAGUACUCAGUAAAGAUGCAAUUUAAUUCUGAAGAACGAUGGACUAAGGCAAUGAAGUGCUUACUGAUCAAUCUACGAUGGACCAUUUCGUUUGUGGUGACUCUGAGAAGCAAAGGUCGACUUCGGGUGCAGAACUGUGGAAGUUUAGCGACGAAAGGAUGUCGGGUGGUGUCAAGAUUGCAUGGCUUCAUUGACCUCGGUCAAAGCUCUGCAAAGCACUUGGAAGGUUUUACUAAGCAGCUAGGAGAAGCCAAGCUACAAAUAGAGGAGUAUUUUUAUCUCCCAGGAGUUUUGGACGUCUCGCAUUUUCGUCGUUCAAAAAAGGGGGUGCAGAACUGUGGAUGUUUAGCGACGAAAUCAAGUAGAGAUCUUGAAUGGAAAACUAAAUAUGAAAAAGUAGCUCUCGAUAGUGGAGAACGGCUUAGAACAGCUUUGCAAAUUUGCAGCAAUUAUAGGCUCAAGUAAGU